AUGACGUCACAAUGGACCGAGGACCCGCCUUCACAUCAGAGCUCUGGUCUUCCCUGGCAUGCCUGGUUGGGGACCAAGCACCAUACCACGACAUCCUACAACCCCGCAGCCAAUGGCAUAUUGGAAAGGGUCCACCACUCCUUCAAGGCUUCCUUAAUGGCAUGCUGUCAGCACCCCGAUUGGAAGGCACAGCUUCCCUGCGUCCUCCUCGGUGUCCGUACCGCCCCAAAAUCCAACAGCGACCCUUUCCCAGCAGAGAAGGUGUACUGGGAGACCUUGACAGUGCCAGGCAAAUUCUUCCCUACCGACAGCGAAGAUCCUGAUAUUCCACUGGCUAGGUUGCGUGCAGCCGCCCAGAAGUUCGUUCCCUGCCGAGAGACGUACAUCGACAGAGCAAAGCAGUUCUGCCCACGAGCCCUGGACUCCAGCAGCACAUCUGCUGCCCUUCUCAAAAUGAGAAACCUCACCCAUAUCCUUCCUGCAGCAGACAGUUCUCCCACAUCAAUUACUAUCCUCAAGACUCUGGCUGCAUCGCCUGCCAACGUCGGUACUCACUUCUUGGUCUACACAGGAGCUUGCCGUUCCCUUCUGCCUGUAUUCAGCCAACCAACCAAACCCCCACAGCCACCCGAUGUCUGA